AUGGAGUACUCUAAGGAUCUGAUGAAACUAGGCUGCUCCUUACUUGAAUUAUUGUCAGAAGGUCUUGGUCUUAAUCGUUGCCAUCUCAAGGAUAUGGAUUGCGCGGAGGGGCUAGGUAUUUUGGGACAUUACUAUCCAGCAUGCUCCCAGCCAGAACUCGAGAUAGGCACCAACAAACAUUCUGACAAUGAUUUUAUCACAGUGCUUCUACAAGAUCCUAUUGGAGGACUUCAAGUGCUUCACCAGAAUCAAUGGCUUAUAACAAAUGACAAGUACACAAGUGUUGAGCACCGAGUAUUGGCAAAUAAAGUGGGACAACAAUAUCAGUUGCAUGCUUCUUCUACACAGAUGCAAUCACGAUUAGAACCAAUCAAGCAUUCAAUGGUUGAUGGAGGAAACCGGAACGUUGACAAUGAAGCAGAGUCAUUCCUCAAACAACUCUUUACAUCUAUAAUACUCUAUGCAGCAAAGUUGGCUGUGUAA